AUGAAUAAAGGAUAUAUUAAGAUUACUUUGGCACUUUUAAGUAUCGUAGGAUGUAUGCAAAAUAUAGCAUUUGCAAGCGAAACUGCUGCAACCACUAAUUCUUUAAAUAAAGAAUAUAACCAACAAUUAUAUAUCGACCCUAAAGAAGCUAAACAAGCAGCAACUGUUAUGGCCGAGGCUUUAUCUUAUGCUGAUAUAGUAAACAAACUAUGGGAUGCCAAUAGUGCGAAGAAUUUCGAUGAUGAAUUAAUUAGAGUGCGCGUUUCUCAAACAUAUAAUCCAAAUUUACAAAUUAUACGACGACAAUAUAAAAGUAGUAUUAUGGGAUUGCAAAGAUAUUGUUAUUCAUUAGUCAACAAAGUUGAACUAUCAAAAGACGAAACCGCAAUACUCUUGGUCUCAUCAGAUAUGAAUGAUCGUAGUGAUUUAGGUUAUACAAAUUAUAUAAAUCCUAUCGUAGAAAGUGCUAACUCACUCAAGCCUAAUAUCAAUUCUCAAAAAUAUAUUAGAACAGGAGGUUUAUCCAAAAUGUAUGCUAACUUAGCAGCAAUUUUCAUUAAAAAGGAAGAAGAAUGCGUUAAAGUUACCGUUCUUGGCUCUAUUGAUCCAAAUACCCCUUCGUAUGUCUCAAAAGAUGCAAUUAAAAACGAUUUAGUCAAAAAAUUUAUAAAUAUGAUCAAAUUAAGAGAGAUUAUUAAAAAGAAAUAA